AUGCACCAGCAGACGCACAACACCAGAGGCAACCCGGAUCAUAAAAGGGACCUUACACCUUGCGGAGAACCGAGUACAUACACAAAGUCUGCGGCCCCACCCCACCAUCAUGACCACCCCCAGUGGCCCCCUUCUCCAGACUCUUCCAGCUUAGUGGCCCACCCCGGAUUUGGGGAUCCUGGGGGUAACGGAGCACAUCAGAGGGGCACGGAGGGGCAGAACACCAAGCAACUGCAUCGUCAACCCUCACCCAAUCACGCCCUGCCGCGAUACACCCUCGCCUGGCGCCUCGUCUCCACAUGCAGACUUUCGCUCACUCACUUCCUUACAUGUGCCUCUCACUCUCAUUCCCAGUCUUCUCUUGUGUUUGUCGAUAUCUUUUUUCUUCAGUCACAAUACCUAGACUCGCAUACCAUGAUUUCAUUCUUCAGCGUCAAAUCUCACCCGCUGCAUUCCGCUCCGCCUCCGGGACAGGCCGCCCGGCGAACUUUCCAUUCCGUCCCAUCUCCCAUAGUCAGCUCCCGCCGCCGCCGCUUGCCUCGCCUGUCACAAAAGAUGCUGAGCAAAAGGCAUAAUGGGUGCUCCUGGGCCUUGAACUUGGAAUGUCACUCUAUAUUUCUCACCCCGCAUCAUGAUCUAUCCCAGCGCUCUACCCCAUCAAUAUCUGAGUGUCCAGAAACGCUCAAGGACCGGUCACUCAUGCACUCCGGAAUCUAUAUGGAUAUUCCUCUCAUAAACCGUUUGAUUUGCACACUAUGUAAACAGUCCAGAAACUCUGCCGCUUCCGUCUCCACACUUGCGUCUCAUGAACGCAGUCCAGUCUUGGCCGCUUUGUGCUACCAGAACCCUGACUCGUUUCCCUUGACUUCCCAUUCACUGUUUGCGUCCAUGGCAGACCGACAUAGUUAUCAUGCAAGUCGACGGCACAAAUUCGGACAUCGCGGGAUACUGUUUUGGGUCCUAAAACGGCUUUUUGUAGCCACGAAGAAAGGGCAACUCGUCCCUAUUACCUUCGCCAAUCGCGCCGAGGUCGUCAACGAAACACAUUCAGGUAAUGUGAGAAGUGAGGCCACCCUCAAGGUCUUCACUCUUACCCCAUGA